AUGUCCGGCUCCGCCUCCAAAAACUUGGUCCGCGUUCUGGGUCAGGCGAAGAGACCUUCACGACUUCAAUUCCGACCACGUCCACCAAUACGAUCCGGCUACGAGCCCAUCCAACGUUUCUCUACCACCUCUUGUCGGCGAGCCGAAACGGGCGAAAAAAGCCCCGAUGUAAAAUACACCACCGACAUGUAUCCUUCUCUCAAACGAGAUCCUAAAUAUGCGGAAGUCACGCCCGAACACAUACGAUUCUUCACAUCGACUCUAGGCGACGAUGCCGCGGUCAUUGACGGAGUGACGAAAGAUGCUUCGGAUGAUAUCGCCGCAUUCAACAGCGACUGGAUGCGGAAAUAUCGAGGUCACACCAAGCUUGUCCUGAAACCUAAGAGCACGGAAGACGUGAGCCAGAUCUUGAAGUAUUGCAACGAGAACAACCUUGCCGUGGUCCCGCAAGGAGGCAACUCGGGCCUGGUCGGAGGAAGUGUGCCCGUAUUCGACGAAAUUGUCAUUUCACUCUCCCGAAUGAACAAGAUCAGAAGUUUCGACGAUAUUAGCGGAAUCUUGGUGGUGGAUGGCGGUGUCAUUCUCGAGGUGGCGGACAACUUCCUCGCCGAACACGGUCACCUUUUCCCCCUAGAUCUGGGAGCUAAAGGAUCGUGUCAAAUUGGUGGAAACGUGGCUACCAAUGCUGGGGGUCUGAGAUUAUUACGUUACGGAUCCCUUCAUGGCAAUGUCCUCGGACUCGAAGCCGUGUUACCGGACGGUACUAUUGUUGACGACCUGUCCAAGCUGCGCAAGAAUAAUACCGGCUACGAUCUGAAACAACUCUUCAUUGGCGGAGAAGGCACCAUUGGGAUCAUUACCGGCGUGUCCAUCUUCUGCCCGCAACGGGCAAAGGCAGUCAACGUCGCUUAUUUGGGCCUUCCCUCCUUCGAACACGUGCAAAAGGCAUUCAAAGAGGCCAAAGUUCAAUUGGGUGAAAUCUUAUCGGCUUUCGAACUCAUGGACGCACAAAGCCAAGGCUUUGUACACCACGUCACCGGUAACAAGCGACCGCUUGAGGGUGACCAUCCAUUUUAUUGCUUAAUUGAAACAAGCGGCUCCGACGCAGAACACGACAACGAGAAGCUGGAAAAGUUUUUGGAACAUGUCAUGGGCGAAGAAAUCGUCUCAGACGGUGUUCUCGCCCAAGAUGAGACCCAAGUCAAGUCGUUAUGGGCUUGGCGAGAGGGCAUUACCGAAGCGAUUGGACAUUUUGGCGGCACCUAUAAAUACGACGUGUCCAUUCCUAUUCAGGAUUUGUACCGACUGGUGGAAGAAACCCGAGAAAGAUUGAGUACAAAAGGCUUGGUAGGUGAUGAUGAUUCCUAUCCCGCCAUGGGCGUGGUUGGAUACGGACAUAUGGGAGAUUCGAAUUUACAUCUCAAUGUUCCCGUUCGAAGGUAUACGAAAGAUGUUGAGGAGGCGAUAGAACCUUGGGUUUACGAAUGGAUUCAGAAACGAAACGGCAGUAUCAGCGCAGAACAUGGUCUCGGUAUUGCCAAGAAGAAAUACAUCGGGUACAGUCGAAGUGAUACCAUGAUCAAGCUGAUGAAACAGAUUAAGGCGUUAUACGACCCCAACGGCAUUAUGAAUCCGUACAAAUAUAUAUGA